AUGCUUGCGCCAACAAUAGUUUCCGGGUGCCUCGCACUCCCUUAAGACGCAGGCGUAAGCGGCCGGCCGGUAGCGGAGUCCGUGGAGAGGCCUGUGAGGGUGUUUUUCGGGUGCUAAUUUACCUCAGGCUUCCGCAGUUUAAUGUGUGUGCCACUUAUUUAGGAGGAAAAUGUCAUCUGAAAUGUUUUCAAAAGCUCUGGAGGCUCAAUUGCUUCAGACAACAAAGAUUGUAGAAGAACAACUUGAUGCUGAGAUUAAAAAACUAGACAGUGUGGAUGAUGAUGAAUUAGAAAUCCUAAAGCAAAGAAGACUUGAAGGCUUGAAGAAAGCCCAGCAACAGAAACAGGAAUGGCUUUCAAAUGGGCAUGGGGAAUAUGUGGAAAUCUCCAGUGAGAGAGAUUUUUUUGAACAAGUGAAAAGGAGCAAUAAAGUCGUCUGCCAUUUUUACAAAGAUACAAGUUUCAGAUGCCUGAUAUUCGAUAAGCAUCUAACAGUACUGGCAAAAAAGCACAUUGAGACCAGGUUUAUCAAAUUAAAUGCUGAAAAGGCUCCAUUCCUGUGUGAGAGACUUCGCAUCAAAGUAAUUCCCACACUAGCACUUGUAAAAGAUGGCAAAACACAGGAUUACGUGGUUGGUUUUACUGAUCUUGGUAAUACAGAUGACUUCACCACAGAGACCUUAGAAUGGCGAUUAGGUUGUGCAGAUAUAAUCAACUACAGUGGCAACUUGAUGGACCCCCCUUUCCAGAGCCAAAAGAAGUUUGGAACCACUUUCACAAAGUUGGAUAAGAAAACAAUCAGAGGAAAGAAAUAUGAUUCAGAUUCUGAUGAUGAUUAGAUAUCAUGAUUAAGAUGUUUAUAAAUCAUCUUUUCUUUGAAGCUUGAUACAUUUCCAGGAAUGUUUUAUAAAGCUGUUUGUUUUCAGUACAUUUGCAUAUAAUGCUCAUUUUCUAAAACAGUUUUAUACAACUCAUGAAAAGAAACUGAAUAUUUUUUUUCCCUUGGGGUGACAUUUCUAGGUGAAAAAUCUGAGCUCUUUUGAACUGCGUCACAUGAGACAUGACUUUAAAGCAUUUUGUUAAUUAUAAAAAUAGUCCCUUUAAACUACAUUUUUAGUACUUCAUUUGCCAUUGGAAAUAUUAAUGAAGGACUUCUGUGAAGAAUUGUUAUAAAACUAUUCCAGAAGUAGUGCAUUAAUAAAACUGUUGCUUAUCUGAUAAUGCCAUGUGUAUGGCAUGGCAUUGCCUAACUUAACAUUGCACUGCAUAUUAUGAAACCAUCUUAGCCUCUUUAAAAUAAUUAAGUCUACCAGUUGUGUACACUGCAUGUUACAGCUGAAUCAGCAGGUAAAUAGCACAUGGCAAAACUA